UUAUUCAUUUUGGACCUGUUGAAGUGUCUCCAUCAAAUUUUUUUAUUUUUGAUGAAUCUUGUAUUUGUAACGAAAUUAAGUUUUAAUAAAAAUUGAUUCAAAUUACAAUGUAAAUCAUGUUCAUGCAUAAACUAGCAUCAGUUUAACAAGUAAUUAGAGUAUUACCAACAUGUUCAUAAUGUGGUAAGAUAUUUCCUGUGAUAUCGCAAUAAGAAAACAAUAAUUUCUUGAUCAUCUUACAAAUGAUUAUAAAUUUCAUGUUAGUUUCAAUCCUACAAAACAGUUAAUUUCCCCGCAAAAUAAUACUCUUUGCUAUUCUCUGAGUAUUUAAACGUAAAGAUUAUAAACAUUGUGAGUUCAUCAAAUUGAAAUAUUGUUAACAUGGAAUCAUCCAAAAAUAUCUUGGAUCGAAAUAUUCCCGUUGUGCCUCAGUUAUCUGAAUGGCAUGAUCAAGUUAACGGUAAAGUUCAAAAGCUUAUCAAGGAAGACUUUCCCCGUAAAGUACUAGCUCUCAAUGAUUUCCUUGCGGAGGAAUAUUUUGAUGAGAAAUAUAUCAAAGGAAUACGCCAAGAAAUGAUUAUUUCACAAUCUCGUGUUGGUCUUCCAAAUGAUUUGCAUAUGAAUCACGACUCUACAAAAGAUAAUGCGACCACCACAACAUCGAAAGGAAAAGAAAUAAAAGCGGCUUCCAUCGAAUCUACAGAAAGUCAAGAAGAGACUGACCACAAACAAGCCAUCACUGUCCCUGUAAAUAAUAAAAUUAAAGCCAUGAGCAAUCUGGUGAAGCCAAAAAUGAAAGAGUUCAUCGAAGAUCUAAAUUUGAUAAAAUUAUGGAUUCAGUUGUUGAUACCUAAAAUUGAAGAUGGUAAUAAUUUUGGAGUUGAAAUUCAGGAGGAAAUUUUGGCAGAAGUGCGAUUUGCUUUGAGUGACGGCUUUACCUACUACAGUUUUAUGAUAAAAUAUCACAAUACGCGCGCAGGAAUCGUCAAGAAAAUUGAAAAAUAUCAAUUCGUAGAGGAUUACCAGGAAUAUCUUGCUGUUUUCGAUGAAGAUGAAUGGAUUGGUUUGAAAUCAACAGUAAUUAAAAUGCGGAAUCAUUACGAUAGACUUCACAGCUUGAUGACAAAAAAUUGGGAAAAACUAAUUUGUCCGCGAGCUUCAAACUCAGAUACAAUGUUUUGAGCUAUAAAUGCAAAAUGACAUAUCAGUUAAUUUGGUGAAAAUCAAAAUUUUGCCAAUAGAUUGAACUCACUAGACUAUUGUAACUCUGUUUCAAGAUGAAUGGUCAUUUAAUGCAUCAAAAAACUUUAUACCCAUUUUUUAUUUAAUUUAU